ACAACAAAUGAAGGAAUCGGAGAGAUGUCCCUGGGAUGCAAAGCUCCCAACUGUAUGUGUACCAGGAUUGAAUUUCCUACCGCAAAGAAGAAAGUGAAGAGGAAAGACAAGAGGAAAAGGAGAAAGAUUUAUGAACCACCCUCUUUACCAGAGACAUUUGUUACAUACGAGCCUUGUGUACAUCUGCAUUUUAAAACUGACUUGAUUGAUCGGGAUUGUCUGACCCAUGAGCAGUAUUUAGAUUUGCUGGCAACCCCGAAAGGGUAUCGCUGGAUUGGAGAGAUCGACUGUGACAACCCAGAACUGGAUAUUAAUAAAGUAAAGCGAAAGAAGCCAAAGAAACCUAAAAAAAUUGAGACAAUAAUAGUGAAGCCAGAUGCUGGGGAUUUUGCGGACGAGUUUGUAGAAGACAUGUGGGACGUGAUGUCACCAGAUAUCACCAAUCGUUUGAUAGAUUUCCUGGUAAAUGAGUUUGGAAUGUCGGUUGAAGAAGCUGAAGACUUCAUUGACUGCAAAAGUGCUGCUGGAAAACAAACUGUUUGUAAAAAGAAGAAAUCAAAAACCUUAAUUGGCCUUGGAACAAAACACAAGUGGGUGAAAGAGUUUUCUGAUGUGUUUGCCAAAAGAAUAGAACAAUAUAUUGCCAGCAUGUUAUUAACAAAGAGAACACCAAGAGUGAAGAGAAUAGCUGAAAGAAUUCUGGAUUAUUUAUGUGACUUGACUGGAGUAAAGACUACUUUACAAAAUCCCAGAACUAAAAUACAAAGAACAAUGGUACUCAUUUCAGAUCGUUUGGCAUUGUGGAUUGAAGAUCUGAUGAAAGACAUAGACAAACCAUCAAAGCGACUUGAGAUAACAGAAGAGGAGGAGGAAGAAGAGGAGGAGGAGGAAGAAGAGGAGGGACCUGAAGAAAAGGAACCGGAAAAGGAAGAACCUACAGCAGAAGAGAAAGAAGCUCCUAAAGAAGAAGAAGAAGAACCAGCAAAGGAAGGGGAAGCCCCAGAAGAGGAGGCACCACAAGAAGCUCCAGAAACUGAGGUAGAGGAAAAGCCUCAAGAACCUGAGCCAGAACAAGAAGCUCCACCAGCUGAAGAGCCCCAACCUGAACCAGAACCAGCACAAGAAGAAAGCCAACCAGCAGAAGAGCCUCCUCCACCACCCCCACCUCCUCCACCAGAAGAGGAGUCUGGAGAACAAGCAGCUCCAGUAGAAGAACCACCAGCAGAAGAACCACCAGUAGAGGAAGAACAACCAGCACCACCUGAACCUGAAGAAACAGAGAAGCCAGAAGAAGCAGCAGAACCAACUCCAGAGGUUGAAGAAGAACAACCUGCUGAAGAAGAAGCUGAGGCUGAAAUAGAAGGAGAAGAAAUGGCUGAAGAAGAAGCAGGUGAAGGCGAAGAAGAAGCUGGUGAAGGUGAAGAAGAAGAAGGUGAAGGUGAAGAAGAGGAAGCAGAAGAAGAACCAACAGAAGUUACACCAGAGGAAGAAGCUCCUGAAGAACUAGAAAAGGAAGAAGAAAAAGUACCAGAGAAAAGGCCUAUCGGUGAUAUUUAUGAUUUUGUCAAAGAAGAUAUUGAGGGCACUAGAAAAGAUAGGAAAACAGACAGGCAGAUGGCUGUUAAAGGUGUAGUUGACAGGCGGUUAGAAAAGAUUAUGGCAGGAAGAGACUACACUGAUGGGCUUCAAAAGGAAGAUAUUGAUGAUGCUGCUUCCAGAGUUGCUCAUUGGAUUGAGCAUGUUGUAGGAGCAACAGAACCCGCCAAAGGAGCAAUUCCUCGUAAGAGUCCUGGCCCUGCAUUCCAAGUCAAAGCAAAAACAGGAAGUACAUUGGAAGUUCACAAACUUAGUUCCAGCACGGUUGCAAGAGAAGCUGCUCGUGCCAAAGGUGUCCAAGUACCUCCUCGGGAAAGAAAAAUUCCAGCUUCAGAAAGUCCAAUGAAUCUCAAAUCUGCCCAUGAAUGGGUAGAUUGGGCAACAAAUAUUGCAAAUGUUGCUGAUGAAUGGGGCAAAUGGUUAGAUAGUACACUGAGUGAUGCUGAGAAGCAAAUAGCAGAAAAGAAAAAAGAGACUCCAGGAACAGAUUGGAAGCAGUGGCGAGAUCAGGCACAAAUAGAAGCCAGAAAGUGGAGGGUUGAAAAAGAAAGAAUAAAAGAUGAAGGUACAGUUUGGGGCAAGAAAAUUGAAGAAAAAUUGAGACACCAGUCAGAGACUGAAGUGAGGUCAACAGAUUUAAAUGAAUAAAUGUUAUCAUUUAUGUAAAAUUGAUUAAUGAAAAAAGUAUUAAAUGUAUUUAUUAUUUCAAAUA